GCUGUGAUAUGGAAUAUCUCGAACAUCAGAAGUUUAGUGGUCGCUGACUGGCAUUGGUGAGCUGACCGACCCAUUAGAUAUUUGUCCUCACUUCGUUAGGCGAACGACCACCUUCAUCAAUUCACUUCCGGAAAACAAGCUAGAGCAGAGAAAUUGAGAUCAUUUCGUUGUUAUGAAGCAUUCUCUUCUCUUUUCAAAUCGAAGGGCAGGUAGCAUGGUAAUCGCUGACAUGGCAUCGAUUCAUCAACCAAUCCUUUCCAUCAUAAAUGCAACACCAUCUUUGGUCGAGUCGAUAUAUCAAUCUAAGUCAUCCUUACGAUCGCACCAACGACUCGCAACCUCGUGUGUAAAGGCAACUUCUUUCAUCAAGGGAAGUGUCAAAGUCCCAAAUCAUUGCUUUGACUGCUACUCAGGCGCAGAGCUGAGUGUGGUCGUCACCAUGGCUCGCUCCAUUCGACUCGCUUUCCCUCUUCUCUUCAUCAUCGCGUUUCUCUUCAGCACCGUCACAGCCGUUGUCACUACAAACACUGCAGUUCCUACCAACGAGCACGAUUGGAGUUGGUUCGUAGACAAAGAUUACUUCUGCUCCAACAAUAAUCCCGAGGUCCAAAAUGGAUGCAGAGCAGCAGGCACAUGUUUCUACCCCAUCCAUUUCGCCAACCUCAGCCGAUGCGAUUUUUACGUUCAGUGUGUGAUGGACGAGGGAUCUUUGAAAAAGAGCAAGAAGACUGCGAAAGCUCGUCUGCGUUCUUGUGGCGGAUCUCCUGAGUCUGCGGAGUUCAGUCCUCUCACCAGGAAAUGCGAGCCCAAAGGUGCGGAGGGCACUUGUAGUUAUUACGAGAAUUGGAAGAGGCCAACACAUUGGGGGCGGCGCCUCGCUGCAAGGGACCGCGAUCUAGUCAUCCGAGAUGGACCGAGGGGUGCGAUCCUAUCCACAGAAUGGGCAACCAAAACAUUUUGCAAAACCAACCCCGAGGUAGAUGAAGGAUGCAAAGUAAAGGGAGGGUGCAAAUACUCACUAUAUUGCGGUGCCUACGUCGAGUGUGUGAUGAUAGAGUCGGUCUCAUUCAAAAAGGCGCACGCUCAUUUCAGAUAUUGCCCACAGCGACCCAAUGCUACCGAAUUCAACAGUGUGACCCGGAGGUGUGAAAUUAGGGGCAGCUCGGGCACAUGUAGUGCGAAGCAACAAGGACAUCACCUUCCUGGGCGGGCCAUAGACCCUGGACAAGGCAUCGGUCUCCGCUAAAGCGUGCAGCGAUCCCAUGUAUCACACCAAUGGAGAAAAAUAACGCAAAGGACUUAAAACCUGUAGCGCCGCUAUUGGGGGUGAUUGCAUCUCCUACGUCGAGUGUGCUCCUGGCUUUACAGGAUUCGGCUCGGUAAAAAAUUAUUCUCCAAAUCAAAUGUAUAACCCCAGCACACGGCAAUGCGAGUCUGCCAACGCGAAUGGCACCUGUUGGCAAAAACAACCAUUCAAUAAGCUUGCUCAGCGUACGAGCACCUCCGUACCAGUCAAAGUUUGAUCGGGAUACCGGAAUAUCCAAGCUUCCAAACGUACCGAA